AUGGGAGAAGAGCAGCAAAGGGAAGAAAGGUGGAGGACUGAAGCAUAUCCAAUGAAAGGAGGGGAUGCUAUGGACAGCUAUGCAAACAACUCCUCAUACCAGAGAGGAGGCGUUGUUGCUGCAAAAAAGGUAAUUAUUGAGGCAGUUGGAGAAAAGCUUGAUCUCAAGAGCAUUGUUUCUUCAAACAUCUUCAGAAUUGCAGAUUUAGGUUGUUCUGUUGGGCCUAAUACAUUUUUCGCAGCUGAAAAUAUAAUUAACGCAGUGCAGUCUAAGUGUCAAUAUGACCAAUACCAAGGAGGAGUACUCCAUGAUCUUGAUCAUGUAUGUCCUGAAUUCCAAGUCUUCUUCAAUGAUCACAGCUCCAAUGAUUUCAAUACACUCUUCACCUCCCUCCCACCGGAUAGGCAGUAUUUUGCUGCAGGUGUUGCAGGUUCUUUUUACUGUCGCUUAUUUCCAUCUGCAUCUCUUCACUUUGUUCACUCUUCCUAUGCCAUCAAUUGGCUUUCCAAAGUACCUAAACCGAUCAUCGACAAAAGUUCAGCUGCUUGGAAUAAAGGGAAAAUCCACUACUCAAAUUCAAAAGAUGUGGUUGUUGAGGCUUAUGAAGUUCAAUUUGGAGAAGAUAUGGAGUGCUUUUUGCAUGCUAGGGCUCAAGAGGUGGUGUUUGGAGGAUUGAUUGCACUUGUUAUUUGUGGCCGCCCCAACGGAAUGCCCCAUUCUCAAAAUGCACAAAAUAUUACGUUUGAACUCUUGGGGUCUUGCCUUAUGGAUAUGGCCAAGAAGGGAAAAGUUAGCGAGGAAAAAGUGGACUCCUUUAACAUACCAAUGUAUCUCAUGUCUCCACAAGAAUUGGAAGCUGCAGUGGAUCGAAAUGGAUAUUUCGGAAUAGAGAGAAUAGAGGAUUUACCAAAUGUUUUACAACUUGGGGGCCGUCCGAAGAGUGAAGUAAUCUCAUCUCACUGGCGAGCCAUAAUGCAUGGAAUGAUGAAGGUUCAUUUCGGCCGAGAUGCGGUAAUUAUACUAGACGAGCUCUUGGAGUUGUUCAGAAAGAAACUUGAAGAAGACCUCUCCCUCAUGAACUCAAUCUCGGAUACACUCUACACGUUCUUUGCUCUUCUUAAACGCCAAGCGAGGGAGUGA